AUGCUCGACAGCCCAAUCCAGCAAGCCGCCGUCCAUCGGCACGCGUCGCGCAUGCUCCCAUUUUUGGGCUCGGGCGCCGGCCUGCAGCGGUUCACUCUGCGCAUGCUCACUCAGGCAUGCCUUUACCCCACGCCCGGGAACAUCAGUGCGCAUGCUCUCACAUCUCCGCGGCAGUCUGCCUUUCUCUCCGGCGUGACGCGCGGGCCCGGUCUCUCCUGGGAGUCGGGACAGACCUGUCUCGUGGCCAGGCUGCCAGACGAGGCCCCUGCCGCCGCAGAAGGAGCUCACAGGCUGGGGCCCUGGGUUCUGCCCGGCACCGAGAAAACAUCUGCGGGCGGGUCCCGCUGCAGUGCGGUGCCGGUGCCGCCGGGGCCUGAGAGACCACCCGCGGCCCUGCUUGCGGCCUGCCCCUCGGAGAUGAGGGGUCUGGAAGCGGAGACCAGGAAUGAGGUGCGGAAGUCGGGCCCGGCUGAGCGUGCCGCUGUCCCCCCUGCUCGCCAAGCUGGCACCCGGGAGGACACAGCAGCCGCCCCGGGCCCGGUGUGGAACCUCCACAGCUGCUCCGGUGUCAUUCUGAGGGUCUGCCUGCCUCUGCCCGGCACCCUUCUCCCUGUGCCUCCCGCGUCCUCCUCCUCUUCCCCACCAGCCCCCCACCCCACAGCUCCCUGGCUGCACCCACGCUCGCCUGUGGCUCCCAGGGUCCUGCACACCUGCUACGACGACGCGGCGCGCUUCGUGCACCUGCUCGUGAGUCCGGGCUGCAGCUCCCUGGCACCCGAGGACUUCGUCCCGUUCCUGCAGGACGUGGUGAACACGCACCCCGGCCUGUGCUUCCUGAAGGAGGCAUCCGAGUUCCACUCGCGCUACAUCACCACGGUGAUCCAGAGGAUCUUCUACACCGUCAACAGGUCCUGGUCUGGCAGGAUCACCUGCGCAGAGCUGAGGAGGAGCAGUUUCCUGCAGAACGUGGCCCUGCUGGAGGAGGAGGCGGACAUCAACCAGCUGCCCGAGUUCUUCUCCUACGAGCACUUCUACGUCAUCUACUGCAAGUUCUGGGAGCUGGACACCGACCACGACCUGCUCAUCGACGCUCAGGACCUGGCGCGGCACAGCGGCCCCAGCUGAGCCCGACCGGCUGUCCGUCUGUCUGUCUGUCCGUCUCUCCGCAGAGGCCGGCGGGUGCAGAAGGAGGGCCGGCUGAGCUACGCGGACUUCGUGUGGUUCCUCAUCUCCGAGGAGGACAAGACCACGCCGACCAGCAUCGAGUACUGGUUCCGCUGCAUGGACCUGGACGGGGACGGCACGCUGUCCAUGUUCGAGCUCGAGUUCUUUUAUGAGGAGCAGUGCCGCCGGCUGGACGCCAUGGGCAUCGAGCCGCUGCCCUUCCAGGACUGCCUGUGCCAGGUGCUGGACCUGGUGCGGCCG